AUCGAAUCGAAUUCCAUUCCAUUUUCGUUCGCUUGACUUGAGUCUGUUUUUGUGAAAAUCAUUAUAAAUUGUGCACAAUACGAUAUUUUGUGGAAAUAUUAACUUUAGAUCAAGUUUACAGUGUGUUAUUUGCGACAAGUGCUAUUUAUAUUCUUGUGUUAUCGCAGACGAGUGCAGGAAGUCGUUCAUUUGACUGGCUGAAAUAGGGUAUUGAUUUGUGUCUUGUUACGAUGAGAUGACAAAACCAUGUCAAGUGUAUUUUAGUAAAUAAUACUGAGAAGACCAGAUUUUCAAAAAGCUAUUAUCUGUUCUUGGAAUAGAACGGAAUGAAUCUCGAUAAUUCGUCGAGAGAAAAUUCUGAAGCAUUGGAUUCUGUUGGUACCGUAAGCCCGAGGGAUAAAUAUCAAAGCAUGAGAGAAAAGAAGUUAUCCACAGCGUCGCUGACUAACGCUGAAGGAGCACGUCCUAAAGUCGUGACCGUCAAACAUCCUGAGUCUAACAAGCCGAAACCCACUGCCAAGAAGAAUAAACCCAUACAGGCUGACCUAGAUAUAAUCAAAGAAUUCCAAAGAUGUCGUGAUGAAGGACUUAAACGUUUGGAUUUGAGUAAAUCUUCCAUAACAUGUCUCCCUCCGAAUGUACGCGAUCUAACCCACUUAGUGGAGUUUUAUUUGUAUGGAAACAAGCUGGCAUUGCUUCCUGCAGAGUUUGGGUGCUUGGUGAACUUACAAACAUUAGCAUUGAAUGAAAAUUCUUUAACUAGUUUACCUCAAUCCCUUGCCAAUUUGAAGAGUUUGAAAGUAUUAGAUUUGCGACACAAUAAGCUCAAUGACAUCCCAGAAGUGGUAUACAAACUAACAUCACUGACAACAUUAUUUUUAAGAUUCAAUAGAAUCAGAGUUGUGGGCAAUGGAAUAGCUAACCUGACUAAUUUGACCAUGUUAAGUUUAAGAGAGAAUAAAAUUAAAGAACUAUCCUCUGGCAUUGGAAAACUGGUGAACUUGGUAACAUUUGAUGUUUCACACAAUCAUUUAGAGCAUUUACCACAAGAAAUUGGUAAUUGUGUUAAUUUAUCAACACUAGAUCUUCAGCACAAUGAGCUCCUAGAUAUACCAGAAACUAUUGGCAACCUUCAGUCAAUAACCCGGCUUGGCCUGAGAUACAAUAGACUGACUGCUAUUCCAGCUACACUCAGUAACUGCAAGCACAUGGAUGAGUUCAAUGUUGAAGGCAACUCUAUAUCCCAGCUGCCUGAUGGUCUCUUAGCCAGCUUAAAUGAACUGACUAGCAUCACACUUUCUCGUAACUCAUUUGGGAGUUACCCAUCAGGAGGACCAGCUCAGUUUACUAACGUUGUCUCUAUAAACCUGGAACACAAUCAAAUUGAUAAGAUUCCUUAUGGAAUAUUUUCAAGAGCUAAAAAUGUAACAAAGUUGAAUAUGAAAGAAAAUUUACUUACAUCCCUUCCUUUAGACAUUGGAACCUGGGUAAAUAUGGUAGAACUCAACUUGGGUACUAAUCAGCUGGCCAAAUUACCUGAUGAUAUUCAAUGCUUGCAAAAUUUGGAAGUGUUAAUUUUAUCAAACAAUUGCCUGAAGAGAAUACCACCUAGUAUUGGAAGCCUAAGGAAACUAAGGGUUCUUGACCUUGAAGAAAACAAGUUAGAGGUUUUGCCAAAUGAAAUUGGAUUCUUGCAUGACUUACAGAAACUGAUAGUGCAAUCUAAUCAGCUUACAUCUCUGCCUCGUUCUAUUGGUCAUUUGACUAAUCUGACAUACCUCAGUGUUGGCGAAAACAACCUACAAUAUCUACCUGAGGAAAUUGGAACAUUGGAAAAUUUAGAAUCCUUGUAUCUGAAUGAUAACCCCAACUUAUGCAAUCUUCCAUUUGAGUUGGCCCUAUGUGUCAGCUUACAAAUUAUGAGCAUUGAAAACUGUCCAUUGACAGCAAUUCCACCGGAAGUUGUAUCUUCAGGACCAUCACUGGUAAUCCAAUACUUAAAAUCUCAAGGUCCAUAUAGAGCUAUGUGAUAUCAGGAAGACGAUUUUUUACCAGCCGGAGAAGGCUAGUAAAUUUUGUAGAUGCUUGAUAUGGCAAGCUUUCCAAAAAAUGUAUACUCAAAAUUUUAUGUUGUGAAAUAAAACAAAAAUAUACCCAAUGUAUGUUACAAGUAAAAUUUAAAUAUAAUUAAGGCAUUUUCUUAUUGUGGGUACAAUAUUUUAUGAUGAUUCUGUCUUUAAAUUUAUUUCAAAAUAUCUUUUGUGUCCAGUUUGAUAGAUAUAUAAAUCCCAAUGUUUAAUGUUUUAUAGAUGUUAAAGAUUUAAGCAAUUGUUUUAUUGGUAUCACAAAAAUUAUAAAAAUACAAAAACAAACUGAUUAGUGUUAGUAGGUAUAUUGUAAAAUGCUGUAUAUAAAAUGCACAAUAAAAUAUCCAUGUUUUCCAGUCCAUCAAAGGAUUUUUUAAAUAAAUAGUGUAUAAUGUUCUUUCAAUAUCAAAUGUCAAAAAAGCUUCUAAUUUGUAUUGUUAUAUUUGUAUUAUGAUGAUCCAGACAUGGAAGCAUUGUGCAAACUAUUGAGCUUAGUGUUAUAAGAUACCAGUUUAAUGUAUAGGUAAUAAAAAUGGUUAAAAAUCACUUUCAAAGAAAUUAUUUUAUCAUGAGAUGAAAUCAAGUAGCUAGCAGAUAAUUACCUAUUUAUUCAAUAAUAUUUCAGUAAAAUGUAUUGUUUCUAUUCAAAUGAAUUAAUGUUGGUAAUCAGUAUUUUAUGUGUAAUCUAGGUUGAUGUUUAAUAGACAAGUUAAAUGUGUUCUUUUACUAUUUUUGAAUAAACAUUGAAAUCAUUAAAGAUCUCAUAAUAGCAUUAUUACCUACUGAAGCUGUAACACACUGUUAUUAAUUUUAAGGAAUGUAUUAAUAUGUCAUGACUAAUUUUACAACACAUUUAUUUCCUUGUGGGUCUUAUGAUUGCUACCUGUAACUGUUGAGCAGAUGUGGAGCUAGUUUGAGUUUUGCAAAGGUUUACUGGUGCAAAUUUAGAAAACACUGAAAUAGUUAAAAUAGAAAUAAGAAUAAUAGAUUCCCUAUUAUUCUUAAAUUCCCUAUUACAUUAAAAAUAAAGUUAUUAAACCAUACUGUAGAUCUCAACCUAGCUCACUCAGGUAAAAAUAGACCUAAUGUCGUAAUACUAUAGGUUUCCUAUCAGUUGCAUUUAAUAUUUUUGUAUUUAUAAGUGUAUGUAAUUUAGUAUCUAGAUACUAUUUGUAUUCUUUCAGGCUUUACUCAUAUAGAUAAUUUGUUUAAGUAUGUAAUAUUUUUCGAUGUUUUAAUGUGCAUACCUAGUUCAGUUUAUAUAACAAUACGCGGAUUUUUCCUGUGUGACAUCUUUACAAUUUUAUAAUACUAGUUCUAAAUGAGAAUUGAUGUUAAUAUUUUAUACGAUAAAACAUAGUUGUCUAGUCACAGUUAAAUUGUUUUUAACACAAUUUCAUGUAUUUGGUGUAAUCCAUGACAUACUUUACAAUAUAUUAAUCCUACCAAUGUAAUUCUUGAAGAGAUUGCUGUUUUUGCAACUUGUGCUAAGCGCUCUGGUAAAACCUAUCCUAAUUUUUAAUGUUGAUCCGUGUGUAGGUAUUCGUUUAUAAUCAAUGUUUCAAUGACAUGUAAACGUGUUAUAUGAAAUAAAUAAAUUAUAUAGUAAUCGG